AUGGAGAUGAGCUACUGUAUCUGGAUGAGGCGAGUAAAGAUGGCGACCACCACCACCGCCGCCGCCUCCUCCUCCGUCUUCCGCCCCACCACCGCCUCUUCUAUUUCACCGCUAUUCACUCCGUCUUCUUCCAAACCAACACCACCACUUCUUUCUCAUUUAUUUCAUCGACACAGUUCAAUUUCAACUACUGCAACUCCUCAGUCCUCUCGAUUUCCGAUUUCCCAAACCCUAGACCACAAUUGUUCAUCUUCGUCAGGUGCUGAAGAUGGUGGAAUUAAUCCUAAGGAUUCCCAAAAGAUUCUUCUGAAAGGAAUGCGAUACAAAGAACUCGAAAAUUGGGUGAUUUCAAAAGGAUAUAGAUCUGCUCAAGCUUUGAUGUUAUGGAAGCUGCUUUAUGGAAACAAUUCAAACAGCAUUUGGGCACAUUCCUUCGAUGAAUUGGAAGGUUUAAACAAAGAUCUUUCGAUGAUGUUGAGUAAAUAUGCUAAAUUGAAGGCACUACAAGUGAAAGAUAUCGUUAUAGCCUCUGAUGGCACUAGGAAGAUUUUGUUUAUGUUGGAUGAUGGAUUGGUAAUAGAGACGGUCAUUAUACCUAAUGGCGAUAGGGGGCGGAAUACGGUGUGUGUUUCAAGUCAAGUCGGCUGUGCAAUGAACUGUCAAUUCUGCUUUACCGGCAGGAUGGGUUUGAGAAGAAAUCUAACUGCGGCAGAAAUAGUAGAACAGGCGGUCUUCGCUCGGCGCCUGUUUACGAGUGAAGUUGGUUCCAUCAGAAAUGUUGUUUUCAUGGGGAUGGGAGAGCCACUUCAAAACAUCGAAAACGUGAUGAAAGCCGCAGAUAUAAUGGUGGACGAGCAAGGGCUUCAUUUCAGCCCGAAUAAAGUUACCAUUUCAACAAGUGGGCUCGUACCCCAGAUGAAACGCUUCCUUCGUGAGUCUAAAUGUGCUUUAGCCGUUAGCCUGAAUGCUACAACCGAUGAAGUUAGGAACUGGAUCAUGCCCAUUAAUCGCAAGUACAAUUUGAGUUUGCUUCUCGAUACCCUUCGUGAAGAGCUUCGCUUGAAACACAAAUACAAAGUCUUAUUUGAAUACGUGAUGCUUGCUGGAGUCAACGACAGCAUCGAUGAUGCAAAGAGAAUAGUCGAUCUUGUUGAAGGCAUUCCUUGCAAGAUCAACCUGAUCACGUUCAACCCGCACAGUGGGUCCCACUUCCAUCCGACAACGGACAAGAAGAUGGUCGAGUUUAGAAAUACAUUGGCUGAGGGUGGUUGUCGUGUUUUCAUGAGACCGAGUAGAGGAGAUGACCAAAUGGCUGCAUGUGGUCAGCUCGGGAACCCAGGUGACUUCCAAGCUCCUUUACUCAAAGUGCCACCAAGGUUUCAACCCGCGCUCGAGCCUUCCGUACGAUCGUUGUAACUUGUACCUGAUGCAUCAAGUGUCAUACGUUCAUUCGUUAUAGAUAACGACAAAUCUAUAUUCAUAUAUUUGUAUUCCUUCGUAAAGUUUUGAUGGAUUGAAGACAUAUGAACAAGUAUUAAUGGAUGGAUCGAAAUUUAUGAC